AUGCCACUCGCCACAGCCGUGGCGUCCACACGGCAUGACGUCAGCGUCACCACGGGUGGACUUGGGCAGCGAAUGAACUGCUUCAGCCAACUCUCAGCCCUACCGUUGAUCAUGAAACGCAUUAAUUCCCCUGCCGAUGACAACAUCCCUAUUUAUAUCUUCCUUCUCCUCUUCGCAAUACUCCUCCUCAGUUUCCUCGCUACUACCCAGUUCAAGCGAACCUCCAGCUCUCAAUAA